AUGUUCUUAUAUAUUGUUGGAUUAAUCACAAUAGGUUUUGUUGUAUUUAGAAUUUUGGAAGAAAUCUAUAAAAGUCUACAACCAUUUCCAAAUAUAUAAGCCAAGUAUGGUAAGGAUUGUUGGGCAGUUGUGACAGGAGCAACAGAUGGGAUUGGAAAAGGUUAUUCCCAAGUUUUAGCUUAAUAGAAUGUGAACAUUUGUAUGAUUAUCAGAAACGAGGAGAAAGCCAAACAGUUAAUUUAAGAAUUAAGUAAAGGAUCAACAUCAAAAUUCAAGAUUGUAGUGGCUAAUUUCAAUAAUUCAUUGGAAGAUGGAUUUUUUGAUAAAAUAUAUAAAUAAAUUGAAAGUUUGGAUAUUGGAUUAUUGAUAAAUAAUGUUGGAGUCUCACAUUAAGCUCCAUUAGAAAAAUAUAAUGACAAUCAGCUUAAAGAAAUAAUAACAGUUAAUUGUUUUCCUAUUGUAUUUUUGACAAAGAAGAUAAUUGCAAAUAUGCUCUAAAGAAAGAAAUCUGCAAUAAUUAAUUUAUCGUCUUUCACUGGAAGGGUUCCAAUGCCUUAUAAUUAAACAUACGCAGCAUCUAAAGCAUUUGAUGACUACUUUUCAAGAUCAAUAGCACUUGAAUAUCCAAAUAUAGAUAUUUUGGCUCAUCGACCAAUGUAUGUUACUACGCCAAUGACUAAUUUCUAAAAAGGAUAAGGAGCUAUUUCUCCAUUUUAGGCUGCUAAAGGAGCUUUACAACGUUUAGGUUUAGAAUACUCAACACAUGGGCAUAUUUUUCACAGAAUUCAAGGAUUUUUUGGUGCUGUUGUUGUACCAGAGUUCAUAAGAAACAUAAUUCUGAAAAAAGAAAUGAGAAAAUUAGUAAAAAAACAUUUGUGAUAUAAAUUUAAUAAAUUAUAAUAUAUGAUAAUCAAUUAUUAUUAA